AUGACACACAAUUUGACAGCAAUCGAAAAUGUCGACGAUGAAUUUUUAACGCGUUUGUGUGAUAUUCAAUCAUAUUGCAGUUCAUUAAAAUCAACUCAUCGUGAUGGUAUUUAUGUGCACUAUGUCAAAUAGUUGUUUUAUAAAAUAAAAUAAAAUAAUAGUGUAGAACUGCACUUGUGUACAUAUACUAUAUAUUAUUAAAAUAUACACGCGUAAAAUGAAAAUAGUCUAUUUAAAAAUAAACAAAAAAAUGUCUUUGUUUUGGAUAUAGUUUUAUAACCUUUUUUUUUAGAUAUACUACUGUGUCGAGAAUGGCUGAAGAAAUUGUACACGUCUGACCAACGAGAUACAAAACUUCGAAACGCCUAUUUAGACAAACUGUGGGAACAAUUAAAGGAUGGGGAACUAAAAGAACCGUUUGACAGGUUGCCUAAAGACGACGAACCGUUGGAGUCCUUAACUACUGCAAGUCGAGUCAACGACGAGAUAUAUCCAGACGCUGGUGAUGAGGUUCAACAAGAAGUCAGUGAUGAAAUACAUCAAGUUAUCAGUGAUAACAUACAUCAAGAAUUCAGUGAUGAGAUAUAUCCUGUUAGUCAAACACAUCAAGUCAAUCAGAGACAUCAGUCCAUACAGGUUGGUAAAUACGUAUUUUUGUUUUACACAUUAGGAAUAUUGUUCCAUCAGAGUACCUAUAAUAUCGUUCUUGUGGUAGACUUUGAAUGACUCUUCUGUUGAAAACACUCCGUCAGAAAACACACAAAUACGUACAUUUGUCUCGGAUAUGUUCAACUUUCCCGUAACCGUUAUUGUUCACAAGUACGACGAGGAUCGCAAAAAUCCUAGCGAACAAAAUAAAAAUAUCCUAAGUAAAGGCUAUUUUUUAUUUCGUCUUAACUGACACGAUAAUUUUAAAUGUUAUAACUGGUUUGAAUUAUAUUUGUAAAAUAUGUUAUAGUGAAAAAAAGUUUCAGCGAUGGGAAAAUAUUGAACACUAUUGCAGCCUGUCACACAAAACAAGUAGGUACAAGUAUAAUACUUGGUAAUAAUAAUGUUUUUCAAAUCGAUAGUAACUUACACUAAAAUUUGAUUACUCAAUCUCGGUGUAUACACUGUACAAUAUAUAUAUAUAUAUAUAAAUGUCCCACGAAGAUAUACCAAUUGUUAUAUUUCUGGAGAUAAUAAAGAUAAUCGAAGUAGUGAGGUAUCUAAAUGUGUAUUUUUAUUUUUUUGUAUCGAUAAACAGCUUUUCUACUAGAAAUUUGGUUCCAGAGUAUAGUACCUUUUCUGAAAGGAAAUUUCUUUUAGUUGGUGCAUUAUGAAAACAUUACCAAGCAGCAUCUAAGAGGUUAUGUUUUUGAUUUUCGAAGGGGUUUUCAAAAUAAUCGAGAAAAACACGAAAAAAAAUUAUGGGUAAAACACCAAAUAUUUACGGCACGCCGCGACGUUAUCGAUUUCAUUGUUUUUAUUUUUGCAACUUAUAUUUUCUGUCAAUAAUAUUGCUCCAAUUAAAAAAUAACAAGAGAUUUGUUUAAUUCCUUUUAACAUAUAGCCAUUGACAAAAAAACGUUUAUUGAUAUUCAAAGUAGUUUUCACAAUAAUUAGAAAAAACCAAAUUAUUAAAAUUAAUAUUAAUAAAUAAUAUUUAUGGUAACAUGGCGUCCAGAUUAAUUAUUACAUAUAUUGCUCCAAUAGAAAAGUAACAAAGAACUUUUUUUUGUUGAAUUGUUUAUCUAUUUGUAAGCAAGAAAGUCGUUUAUUUGUAGUUUGUUUAAUAAUUGAACCAAAUCGGAAAAAUAGGUAAAAUGAACAGACAAAUUUAUUAUUAAUUUUUCAUUAUUUUAAUUUUGUUUUUGUAAAUUAUUAAGUUAAAAAUAUUCGUAAACUUGAAAAAAUUUAUUUGCCUUUUCAAGACGUAGUAAAAUUUUUAAAAUUCCCAUUUUCGAACUAUUAAUAUACAUUUAAAUUGGUCAAGUUUUUAAGUAAUUUUUAUUUGGUUGGUAUUGUGUAGAUAACAUUUUCAACUUAAUAAAAAUUAAUGGAAAUUUGACGGGAAGUUAUAAGUUAUAAGUUAUAAAAAAAAGUUGAGUGUAAUGUAGUGUUUUAUUAUUUUUUUGUUUAAGUUUUAAAAUCAAAUUUCGACAAAAAUCGUAAAUAUUAUGGACUUUCAAAACAUGUAUAACCGAACUUCGCUCCAAUUUUUGUUAGCAAUGGUUUAAUUGGUUACAAUUGUAAUAAAUAACUUUGUUUAUCUUGGCUACCCAACUACCCACCUACAGUGGCCGAACCCGUCCGCAGUAAUAGCUCUUUUUUUAUUAUUACUUAUAGGUAAAAGGACUAAAAAUAUAAAUAUAUAUAUAUUAAAUUAUUAUGUUUUAGUGAAAAAAAUAAUUUUUAUUUUUUAUUUUCGAAUAUGUGGAGAUAACUAUUUUAUAGAAUUUAUUCUUCUAAAAAAUUUAUUACCCGAACUUUUUAUUUUCAUUAAAUUCGUGAGUUUUAAGUGUUUAGUAAAAAGUACCUAUAGUUAUGUCGUAAACUGUAUUUACAUUCGCUAAUUAAUUAUUAUUAUUGUUUUGGCUAAUCGACUGAAUACUUUUUUCUCUGAACAUUUUUCGAAAAUAAUGAAAUAGUUAUUUUUAUUUUAUCUUUUCAUCUAACAUAUGAAUUUAAAUAAAUUAUAAAUAUGUGUACUCUUUAUUCCUGCGAGUUAAGAAAAAAAAAAAUUUUGAUUAUAUGUAUUUAUCAUCUCAGAAGAUAAUGCAAUGAGAAUAUCUUCAUGGGACACCUUUUAUACGUACUUGUGAGGAUACUUCCCCGAAAAAAGGCGGUAUAGUGCAUAUUAUUAAAACCUGGAAGAUAUAUUAUUUUUUUUUUCCGGUUUAUUCAUACCACCAUCUAUCAAAAGUUUAUAUAACUAUUUAUAACCUAUUAAACCAUAAAUCAGGUACUAAAUCAACAUUAUAAACGUCUAGAAGUUCUAUGAAGUUAAUAAAUAAAAAGCAAAUCUAAGAAUAUUCUAAUAAAGUAUUUACUCAUUUUAAAAAUACAAUAAUUUUAUGUCCGAUCGUUAUUCAUCGUUAAAUUUACCCAAUCCAUCCCUAUUAAGUUUAAAACUUUCGUAAACCAUUUCUCGUACACAUAAUGUAAUAUAAAAUGGAUAUUAAAAUGAAUUAGUGUGGUCAUUUUAAUAUUAAACGGACUGAAAAAUAUAUGAAUUUCACCUUCUCUACUGACGAGGAAAAACUCAAAUUACUGAGAAAAAAUUCUAGAAUUGCGUAUCCUUAUAUUUUAUUUUAAAAGUAAAAAGUCAUGAAAACUGGACAGUUAAUAGGGUAAUAGGAAAACCGAAAAAUUGUCUUUAGCUUAAUAUAAUUAUUAUCUGUGAUAUUUUAACAUUUGUUUUCUGACCCAAAGACCAGAGGUCGACCGAAAUGCCGACUUAAGACUAGGCUAGAAUUUAGACCUAAAAAAAGCCCUAUUUUCGAGGAGGAAGACGAAAUAAAUACAUAUGUGUACAUAAAUAUAUAACUGUUAAAUGUUUUCAUAGUCGAAAAAAGAAUCACAAGAUAAUAAUAGUGAAGCUGGCGAUGGCUUGAUAUUUGAUCAUGAAGUUAAAUUAAAAUUAGUAUUGAUUGAAAAAAUGUUUGACCAAAUUAAGGUUUGCUCGUACACAUAAUACAUGCCUUAAGGUUUCAUUUUAAUUAAUUAUCUGUACCUUGCAGAUAAACAACGAAAUUCUCGGCGAAAAAGUUCAAUUGAGUACUGAUGGUAAUCAGUUUAACAAUCAGAUAUCUUUGGUUACUGAUAAAUUAAACAGGUAAUUGUUUUUCACAAUUUACUAAUCACUGAUUUGGUUUUUUUUUUUUACAUUUUUUUUUAUAUAUUUAGCUCUGCUAAACCUUAGAAUAUCUUCAUAAACCAUUAAAUAUUGCCUUUGUUUCAGCUUGCUAUUGUUUUUUUUUUUUUUUAAUAUACGAUAUUUUACCAUUAUAUAUCAUGGUUUUCACUAAACAUACUAAACUUUCUGACUUGGAAAUUCGACGAGGCAAACAUAUUUCAUAAUAUUAUUGCUAAUUAUAUUAUAAAAUACAAUAAUAUGCGUGUAUAAAAGAAAAAGUUUGAAACUUCAAACCUACACGAUAAAAUAACUUUUGAAUGUGAUUAAAAUAAUUUUCCUCGCACUGUACUGUAGUGCAUAAGGAAUAUAUAAUGUAAACUAUUUCUACUUGCCCGUUGAAUUUUAAAUUACUCUACUCUCUGUACUCGUCCAAUUAAAAAACUUUUAAUAGGUUAUCAAUAACUAAUUAGGAAGUCUGAAGUCAAAAACAAAAAAAAAACUAAUAACUAGAUAAUAAGUUGAAAAAGUAACAAAACUUUUGACUACUGUAAAUAUACUGUAUAGCAGUGAUUCCUAGACUUUGUUUAGUCAAUUUUUCCUAGUGGGGUGAUAUGAAUAUGGAUUAUCAGAAAAUCCGAAAAUUUGAAUUUUGCAUUUUUUUUUUUUUUUUUUUUGUAAUUUUCUCUAGUAUUUAGUUAGCGUUGUUUUCAUUUUAGAGUCGCAGAUGUGCUUAAUCAAAAAAUAAGUGGAGAAGUGGUGAUCGAAUCGGAAGAGGCUGAACAAUUUAAAUCUCUCACGGACAAAUAUAGUGAAAUCGAUGAUCACCUCGGCCAGGUUAUAUUGGAAAUCAAACAUUUAAAAACAAUGAUUGAAGACGCGUGCGACAAUAAAACCGAUAUCAACGAUACAUUGGAAGUAUUAGAGUACAUAAAAGAACUACAUUGCUUGCAGAUAACCGAAAACGAAAGACGUUUCACUGAACAGAUAAGAAGCCUCGAGGAAGAAAACAGACGGUUAAAGGCUCGCGUGGAAGCGGCUAAACCCAAAGGACUCUCUACGUUUAACGAGCCCCGAGCAAACAAUUCGAAUCAAAACUGGUACAUAGAAUCUCUGAAGAAUUCCUACAAACGCAUCGAAGAAUAUACGAACGACAGGGUACGUGCACUGCAUAAUAAUACAGAAUACACAAUAAGUACCCUUCAUUAUAAUAUAUAAUAUAGUAAGAUUUAGGUUAGGUCGGUUCUGAUGGUAAUAACGUUAUACAUUUCUAAUAUGCUUGACUAUUUAAAUUGAUAUAAUAAUACUGAAUUCCAGACACUGUGGAUGAUAGUUAUAAUUCAGUUAAUGUAUCUAUAUAUAAUGUAACUAAAUAAAAUAUAUAGCACUAAAAAUCCUAAAAAACCACUAAAAUUUCCUAAAAAGCACUAAUAUUAAUUGAAUUAUAAUUAUUAAUAUUUGAUUAAUAAUAAUUAAUCAAAAUUUCUAAAAAAACAGUUUAUAAUAAAAAUAACCAAACAGCAUAAAAAAAAUUGCUAAAAAAAGGAAGUAACAUUUUGUGUAUUAAUCCUAUAUACUCGUAGUAAGAAACAAAUGUUUAGUUAAUGAUGAACUAAUAGGGAAAAAAAAGAAAACGCUCACAACAUUACCCUUCCCCACAUGAUUUUCAAAAAUAUUAUACAACCGAAAUGAAAACAAUAUAAUAUUUAGUUAUCAAAUUAUUAUUUAAAAACAGAUGUGCAAUUUAUUUAAUUUCUCUAUUCCUCCAGUCUAAACUUUAAACAGUUAUACUCAUAAACAAUUAAUCUGAUAUUAGUGUUGUGCAUAUCAAAAUUUGUAGAGAAAUAUUCUCUAAUUGAAUCUGUGUUCAAAAAUGCGUUCCUAUUCGGAAAACAAAAUUAAAUAUUUAUUAUAAGGCAUAUGAAGUAGGGAUGAAUAAUGAAAAAUGGUUUUAAAAUUAAACUUAAAUGAUUUCCAUAAUGAUUUUAAAAAAAAAAGCACAGAAAACAAAUUCACUUAAAAUCCUCCAACAAAAUUGCUAGUUUAUGAUAAAAAAAAAAUCACUCUGUAUUACACCUAUAAUAGUAAUUCUCUUAAUUUAAUGAUAAACAAUUAAUAUAAAAAUUAGGUAUGAAUCUUACAGACUUUGAUUCUCAAAAUAAUUAUAAAAUUGUGUGCAAAAAAAAAUAAUAAUAAUAAUAAUGGGGAAAGGAAACUGAAAAGAGACUGAACAAACUCUUAUUAAUAAAUAAAGUGAAGAUUUCAAUUCUCUCAAUAAUAAUUAUGAAUAAUAAGUAUGAAAUUAAUCUUAGCUGUACGUUAAUAAUUUUAAAUUGUAGUUUUCGAUAAUAAUUCCGUAUUUGAAAAAAUUGGAAAACACAAAAUAUCAAUUGGAAGUCCUGAAUGAGAAUCAUAGAAAAGUGUUUUCGCAAUUGAUCGUGAGUACACAAAUUAAUCGAUAAGUUUAUACGUGGUGUUUCUAAUAGAAUUUUAAUCUAUCUCUUUAUUCGUUUUGUGCAUACAGGCCAAGUUGGAAGAAAUAAACAAGCCGUCAGAAACGAAAGAAAUGCAAGACUUGAUUAGUCUGUUACUCCAGUCUUCAGUAUAA